CUUCCUCCUCCUCCUCCUUUUCUCCUCUACCUUUUCUCUCAGGAUGUCGAAACUGGACAGUUCUUAACUCAUCUCUCCGCCUUCAUCCUGCUUUUCCCCCUUCGGAGGAAGACACCACCUUGUGCGGGUGCGCGCUGAGGGGAGGGAAAUAAGGAAAGCGGACAGGAGCGAAAACUUGAGAAACUUGUUUGUCAGCUCCCCCGGCUGACUCUCUGGGCGCGAGCCUGUUGGAAAAGGGGAGGGGGGGAAGAGGCGAGGGAAGGAGCGGAGGAGAGCAGCAUGAAAGCGAGCUGAGCGGAGCACGCCCGCCCGCCCGCCCGCCCGCCCGCCCGCCCGCCUGUCUGCCUGCCUGCCUGGUGGAGAUUCUGUCUGGAGAUUUGCGAGGCUCCGCAACUCCGCUCCUAGUGGUUCCCAGCGCUCCCAAGCAAGAGGUGCAUCAGGGGCUGGGCUGCGGCUGGAGUGCAUGCCUGGCCUUAAAGCGGCAGCUUCGUUUUCCUCUUCUCCAUCCCCAGCCCUUCGCCUCCGAAAAGCUGCGGAAGGGCCAUAGCUCGGUGGUAGAGCAUCUGCUUUGCAUGUGGACGGUCCCAGGUUCAAUCCCCGGAGCCUCGAGGUAUGCACACUUGAGCUGAUCUCCUUCCUCUCUCAGAAAGUUAAAGUGGAAGUUCUACUGCAGGGAUAGAGAAUCUGUGGCCCUCCAGACAUAGUUGGACUACAGCUCCCAUCAUACUUGAUCAUUAGCCAUGAUGGCUGGGAGACCAACGACCUUUCGAGGGGCACAGAAACUGCUGAUAGGAUGAAUUUGGAAAGAGAUUUGGACAAUACCUUUGAUGAGGACUCCCAGCCCAAUGAUGAAGAGGUGCCGUAUAGUGAUGAUGAGACAGAGGAUGAAUUGGAUAUUCAGCCUGCCGUUGAGCCAGAACAAAACCGCAUCAACACAGAGGUGGAAGUAACUCGAGAUACGCUUAGAAAAGAAUGUAGCUGGCAAGUUAAAGCAAAUGACAGAGACUUCCAUGAACAGCCCCACUUUAGGAAAACAACGUAUUUGUGCUGUACGAAAAGUAAAUAUGCAGGGAAUGCAAUUAAAACCUACAAGUAUAAUCCCAUUACCUUCUUGCCACUGAAUUUACUUGAACAGUUUAAAAGGGCAGCCAACUUCUAUUUCCUGGUUCUACUUAUUUUACAGACAAUUCCUCAGAUAACCACCCUCUCAUGGUAUACAACUCUGAUUCCUUUACUCUUGGUCCUCGGCAUCACUGCAAUUAAAGAUCUGGUGGAUGAUAUUGCUCGACAUCGGAUGGACAAUGAAAUUAACAAUCGCACAUGUGAUGUAAUCAGGGAGGGCAGGUUUAAAAAUACAAAAUGGAAGGACAUUAAAGUUGGCGAUGUCAUCCGUUUGAGGAAAAAUGCCUUUAUUCCUGCUGAUAUCGUGCUACUGUCCAGUUCAGAACCUAAUAGCCUUUGUUAUGUAGAGACAGCUGAACUAGAUGGUGAAACCAACUUAAAGUUCAAAAUGUCACUGGAGGUAACCGACAGAUACCUUCAAGAAGAGAGUGACUUGGCAACAUUUGAUGGCUUGAUAGAAUGUGAAGAACCCAACAAUCGACUGGAUAAAUUCGCAGGAACUUUGAUAUGGAGAGGAAAGAGCUAUGGUGUGGAUGCUGACAAAAUCUUGUUACGUGGCUGUAAAAUACGGAACACAGAUGUUUGUCAUGGACUUGUUAUAUUUGCAGGAGCAGACACAAAAAUAAUGAAAAAUAGUGGGAAAACACGGUUUAAAAGGACUAAAAUUGACUCCCUUAUGAAUUACAUGGUUUAUACGAUCUUCAUUUUACUUAUCUUGGUGUCUGCUGGCCUGGCUAUUGGUCACACUUACUGGGAGCAAGAGAUUGGCAAUUCCUCUUGGUAUCUCUACGAUGGAGAAGAUUAUACACCAUCCUACCGUGGCUUCCUUAACUUUUGGGGCUACAUCAUUGUUCUUAACACUAUGGUUCCAAUUUCCCUCUAUGUGAGUGUUGAAGUGAUCCGUUUGGGCCAAAGCUACUUCAUCAACUGGGACUUACAAAUGUAUUAUCCAGAGAAGGAUACAGCUGCUAAAGCCAGAACCACCACUUUGAACGAACAGCUUGGACAGAUUCACUACAUCUUCUCAGACAAAACGGGUACACUGACCCAGAACAUAAUGACGUUCAAAAAAUGUUGCAUAAAUGGACAAACCUAUGGAGAGUGCAGGGAUAGAACAGGCCAAGAACUUCAUCGUCCUGAGCAAGUUGACUUCAGCUGGAAUAUGCAUGCAGAUGGGAAACUUACCUUUUAUGAUCAGUAUCUCAUUGAACAAAUUAGGUCUGGCAAGGAACCUGAAAUUCAGCAGUUCUUCUUCCUCCUUGCAAUUUGCCACACAGUGAUGGUGGAUGCUAGUGAUGGUGGGCUCACCUAUCAGGCAGCCUCGCCUGACGAAGGAGCAUUAGUAACUGCAGCCAGAAACUUUGGUUUUGCUUUUCUUUCACGGACACAGAAUACUAUUACAAUAAGUGAAAUGGGAACUGCGAGAACAUACGAAGUUCUUGCCAUUUUGGACUUCAACAGUGAUAGAAAGCGGAUGUCUGUGAUCAUAAGAGAACCAGAUGGAGCAAUCAAGCUUUAUUGCAAAGGAGCUGAUACAGUGGUAUAUGAACGGUUGCAUCCAAGGAAUCCUAAAAGGCAAGCAACAGAAGAAGCCCUGGAUAUCUUUGCAAAUGAAACCCUUAGAACAUUAUGCCUUUGCUACAAGGACAUUAGCAAUGAGGAGUAUGAGGCAUGGAAUAAAAAAUUCAUGGCUGCUAGUGUUGCUUUAAGAAACCGUGACGAAGCUCUGGACAAAGUGUAUGAAGAAAUUGAAAGAAAUCUUAUUCUUUUAGGUGCCACAGCAAUUGAAGACAAGUUACAGGAUGGGGUUCCAGAAACAAUAUCCAAACUGGCAAAGGCAGAUAUUAAGAUCUGGGUGCUGACAGGCGACAAAAAAGAAACUGCUGAAAACAUUGGGUUUUCCUGUGAACUCUUAACAGACGAAACAACUAUAUGUUAUGGAGAAGACAUUAGCGCUCUUCUGCAAACAAGGAUGGAAAACCAGAGGAACAGAAUUGGAUCAAAUGUAAAUUCAUCUCAAAGAGCCAAUGAACCCUUUUUUCAGUCGGGUAGAAACCGGGCCCUAAUUAUCACUGGCUCGUGGCUGAAUGAAAUUCUCUUGGAGAAGAAAAAGAAGAGAAAGAAACUCUUGAAGCUGAAGUUUCCAAAAACAGCAGAAGAAAAACAAAAGCAUAUGGAGAGUAAAAGGAGAGCAGAGCUGAACAAGGAGCAGCAGCAGCGAAACUUUGUUGACUUAGCUUGUGAGUGUAGCGCGGUGAUCUGCUGCCGAGUAACGCCCAAGCAGAAAGCCAUGGUGGUUGACCUGGUGAAGAAAUACAAGAAAGCGAUAACCUUGGCCAUCGGGGAUGGUGCUAAUGAUGUAAAUAUGAUUAAAACUGCCCAUAUUGGUGUUGGAAUAAGUGGACAAGAAGGAAUGCAAGCAGUCAUGUCUAGUGACUACUCUUUUGGCCAAUUCAGAUACCUCCAAAGGUUGUUGCUUGUUCAUGGGCGAUGGUCGUACAUAAGGAUGUGCAAGUUCCUUCGGUACUUCUUCUACAAAAACUUUGCAUUUACAUUAGUUCACUUUUGGUAUUCCUUCUUCAAUGGCUUCUCUGCCCAGACAGCUUAUGAAGAUUGGUUUAUCACACUCUACAAUGUACUAUAUUCCAGCCUUCCAGUUCUUCUUGUUGGGUUGCUUGACCAGGAUGUGAGUGACAAGCUGAGCAUGCGGUUUCCUGCCUUGUAUGUAUCUGGACAAAAAGACUUACUUUUUAACUACAAGAAGUUCUUCAUAAGCCUCCUACAUGGUGUUAUAACCUCCCUGAUCAUUUUCUUCAUACCAUAUGGUGCUUACCUACAAACCAUGGGACAGGAUGGAGAAGCACCCUCGGAUUACCAGUCAUUCGCUGUCACAGCAUCCUCUUCUCUCAUCAUUGCAGUCAAUUUUCAAAUGGGUCUGGAUACAUCUUACUGGACAUUUGUUAAUGCCUUCUCAAUAUUUGGGAGUAUUGCACUUUACUUCGGUAUUAUGUUUGAUCUACACAGUGCUGGGAUACAUGUCCUUUUCCCUUCUUCCUUUCAGUUUACAGGUACUGCUUCAAAUGCCCUCCGGCAACCAUAUCUCUGGUUGACAAUAAUAUUAUCCGUUGCGCUUUGCUUGCUGCCAGUGGUUGCUCUCCGUUUCUUGACUAUGACUAUUUGGCCUUCAGAAAGUGAUAAGAUCCAGAAGAAUCGCAAGAAGUAUAAGGCUGAAGAGGAGCAGUGGAAGCGAAGGCAAAGCGUCUUCCGUCGUGGGAUAUCAGGCCGCCGUUCUGCUUAUGCCUUCUCCCAUCAGCGGGGUUAUGCUGACCUUAUAGCUUCUGGGCGGAUCAUUCGUAAAAGGAGAGCUUCGUUAACUGCAGUACUUGGCAACAAUUUGGCAGAAGUCAGUCAAGUUGAAGAAGCCAGCUGAUGAUUUUCUGUGUCCUACAGGAAGUGGGAUUUUUGUGGGGGGGGAAACAAUUGCACAAAGUUUUUAUUUUUUUAUGAAAGACUCAGGAAAAAGGAAAAAAUUAUGCAAGAUCAUGAAGGCAGCCUAAUUUCCACCGCAAGCUACUUAGUUUUGGAUGAUUGAACUGAAGAACUGAGCAGUGUUUUCAAAUCUUGAUCCUUGUAUAAAUAUUUUGUUUCAUGUGAAGUUGAAGGAUGUAAAUCAUCUAUGGAUUUAAAGACCAACGAUUUUAAGGUGUUUUUUUUAAAUGGUACUUAGAACUUUAUACCUUUUUUAUUACAAUCAUGAAAUAAAGUUUCAACUGAUGUUUUAUGCCUCGACACCAAAGAUGAACAGCUGAGAAGCAAAACAGUUGUGUACCACUUCAUUCCAUUAAUUAAUGCAGCUAUAAUGGUGAUUUUUAGGUAACCAAAGACUUCUUUUUCUAUUUAAGUUUGCUGUGCGGUUUUAUUUUGCAAGCAUUCAGAAAGUUAUUCACCAGUCAUGGGUUAUUGUAGCCUAUGGCAGCAUGCUUUAAUAAUUUUCAGGGGUUUGGGUGGGGGAAAGCUCAGUAUGUAUACAAUUCUUAAUCAGGUUAGCCUUCUACUAAUGUAGGAAUGGGGAGUCUGUGACCCUUCACAUGUUGUUGGAUUCCCAACUUUUAUCAGCCACAGCCAGAAUGAUCAUUGGUUAGGGAUGAUGGGAGUUAUAGUCUAGGAACGUCUGGGAGGCCACAGGUUCUGUCUAAGAGGCAUAGCUAGUUUGCCAUAUGCACUGAGUUUGGGCAUUCUUGGGGAAACUGCCACAGAAAUUAGUGGCAAUUGUUCACCAGCAGCAGUUGGUGAACUGCAUCUCUUUUCUAACAUUGUUUUAUACCACAACCUUUCACCAUUUUAAAAACAUCUCUUUGUGAUCUUUGUAUCUGUUUUACAAAAAGGGAAUAGGUAUUAAAUCAGGGAAGGGUGUAUUAUUGUCAUACUUUCUUGGGAAUGUGAUUGCUUUCCUACCUGCUUAAUCUUUAUCCAAAGUAGUUGGCAACUUAACAAUUGACUUGAUGUGGAAUGAUUCUCACAUUGUAUUUGUAUUACAUGGGAAUUAUUUCCAUGUAUAAAAAUGUGUGGACAUCAUGCUUGAAAAGCCCACAUUGUCUACUUCAGUACAUGUAUAUGUGACAAAAAAGGUAUGAAUGGGUUCUUCAUGCAUGAUAAUCCGUACACAUUUUACAUGCAUAAUUGAGAUCCAUGUAAGAAAUACGUCAUGUGUGAGACAGACUAAACUGAACAAAAUAUUUUCUUCACUGGGUGAUUGUUCAAAGCACAAAUUGGAGCAGGAAAAUAGAUCACAUGUAUGAUGGAUCUAUUUCACGAUGUUUUAAUAGUAAAAAUAAUUUCUGAGGGGUUUUUAAAUGUAUAGAUCUUCACUUUUUUUGUGUUAGGUUUACAUUUCAAAAAUUUCAACAUAUAAAAUGUAUCUUGUUAAAUAUUCACAAUAUAGUUCCACACUUUUUUUAUAAACCAUCCAACAUGGUGUAUAAAGUCAUCUUCUUUUGCACAGUUCUUCAUUAUUAUUAUUUAAUGUGAAAACGUUUACAGCUUUUAUUUUCAGUAAGUGGUAGACGAUUGAGUUUAGUUUCCUAGAUUGAUUUUUCUCUCCAUCAUAAGAUGAGGAAGUGGUUAGGCACAUGUUUCAAGCUCCUAAUCUGGGUGCAAUAUUGAUUUUAAUGUGCUGAUUGAAAUGGAUAUGCUGUAUACUUGUUCCCAAACCAUAAACUGUAAAUAUUUUAUUUGCCUAAAGAUAAUGUAUAUAUUAA